UCCACCGCCAACCAAGUUUUUGACGUUUUUGCGACGGACCGGGCAAAAUAAAUUAUUUUGUAAAGUAAAUUAAUGUUCAAUUCAAUGAAAGUAUUAAAAACAUUUUGAAUUCAUUUACGCUACUUCACUCAACUCAACAAAUUUAAUAAACAAAAUGUCCAUUGUUUUCAUAAAAAUACCUCAUUUUUACAAAAAAUGUCAUCGCACAUUUUAUUCCUCUAUAAAUUGCAAACAAUUGAGAAAAAACAGCCUAGCUCUUUGGCAAGAAGAACUAAAUACUGAAAUAAAAGUUAAUAUUGAAAAUCAUUGGCGUAAAGAAGUUAUAAAUGACAUUAGGUCAAACCAGAAAUUGAAGUCAUUUUAUGUGUUACCAAUGUUUCCCUACCCCUCCGGCAACCUUCACAUGGGACAUGUUCGAGUUUAUUCUAUUUCUGACACAAUAUCAAGGUUCCAGAAGCUAUGUGGCUACAAUGUGGUUCAUCCUAUGGGUUGGGAUGCAUUUGGCUUGCCAGCUGAAAAUGCAGCUAUAGAAAGAAAUAUUCCACCAACAAAAUGGACACUCAGUAAUAUUGCUUCUAUGAAGCAGCAACUUUUACAACUGGCAUUUGAUUUCAAUUGGGAUAGAGAGAUUAGUACUUGUGACCCAGCUUAUUAUAAAUGGACACAAUACAUAUUCUUAAAAUUAUUUGAGAAAGGAUUAGCAUACCAAAAUAAGGCACUUGUGAACUGGGAUCCAGUGGACAAGACAGUGCUAGCCGAUGAGCAAGUGGAUGAUGUUGGAUGUUCCUGGAGGUCGGGAGCUAAAGUAGAAAAGAAAGUACUUACCCAGUGGUUUGUGAAAACUACAAUGUUUGCACAAAAACUAUAUGAUGGCUUGAAUAAUCAAAACUUGGAAAACUGGAAAGAUAUCAUCAACUUACAAAAACAUUGGAUUGGGGAAUGUAGUGGAGUAGUUGUUAAUUUUAAGUUAAAGACAAACACAGGGGAUAAGUUAUUGGAUGUUUGGACAACAGAACCCCACAAGUUCAUUCAUGGCAGUUUCUUAACCAUCAGCAGCACUAAUGUAGCUGCUCAAGAACUAGCAUCAGAGUCUGUCAACACACUCACAGCUUAUAACCCUGUGACAGGGGCUGAAAUUCCUGUAUAUGUAUCUGAUGAUGCAAGCUAUGCUGAAGGCCGCGAUGUGCACAUUGCCUGCCCUCAGACUUGUGAACAUGACAAACUUCUGGCUGACAUUCUAAACAUCAGUGUUGAAGAUUAUCAUGUGGAUGUUGAAGGUGAUGGUAAAAAAGCUAUUCAAAUGGCAAAAUCUAAAAAUGUUGGAGGAUAUGUUGUAAGUUCAAAACUUAAAGAUUGGCUUAUAUCAAGGCAAAGGUAUUGGGGCACUCCAAUACCUAUAAUACACUGUCCAAGCUGUGGUGCAGUUCCUGUCCCUUAUGAAGAUUUGCCAGUCAAGUUGCCUGAAAUAAAGUCACUGGAACUGGGCAUUCAAACACUGGCCACUGCAGAGGAUUGGAUAAAUUGUGAGUGUCCCAAGUGUCAUCAAAAUGCAAAAAGAGAAACUGACACAAUGGACACAUUUGUAGAUUCCUCCUGGUACUAUUACAGAUUUUUGGAUCCACAAAAUAAUAUGUUUCCAUUUGAUAAAAGUAAGCUUGAGGGAAACACUCCUGUUCACAUGUACAUAGGGGGGAAAGAACAUGCAGUUCUGCAUCUGUACUAUGCGAGGUUUAUGAGCUACUUCCUACAUUCACUGGGAUGGACACCAAAUGCUGAGCCCUUCAAAAAGUUGAUUGUCCAGGGAAUGGUUAUGGGUCAAUCAUAUAAACUCAAGUCAAGUGGAAAAUACAUACCACCAGAAAAUGUAUACCAAGUUGGGAAUGACUACAAAGAAAAGGGGUCUGAUGAGCCUCUUCUUGUACAAUGGGAAAAAAUGAGUAAAUCUAAAUACAAUGGUGAAAAUCCCAGUAAGCUACUGGAAACAUAUGGCUGCGACACGACCAGGCUGCUCAUUCUAGCCGACGUGCCGCCCGCCACCAGCAGGCGCUGGUCGGACGCAACUUUCCCUGGUGUAUUGAAUUGGCAAAAAAGAUUAUGGAUGACAAUGCAAGAAUUUAUAACACAUAGAAAAAAUGACACCAUCUGCAAAUCAAAUAACUUUACAGAUGAAAACUUCACAGCUUUGGAACAAAAAAUUGCAGAUUCCAGAAAUUAUUUUAUAGCAAACACCACUUACCAUUUUAAAUAUACACAGAAGUUAAGUGUAGGCAUCUCAAGGUUGCAAGGACUGACAAAUGUCUUACGGAAUAAACUGCCACCAGAAAUCAUAGCAAGAAGUGAACAGUUUGAAUUGGCGCUGGCGUCACUAAUAAUAAUGCUGUCUCCGAUUACACCUCAUUUCUGCUCAGAGCUUUGGGCUGGUCUUCGCGAGGCACCAGGAAGGAUUUGCAACAACAGCUCCAUGAUCAAAUGGGACAAUAAUGUAUUGGAACAAAGUUGGCCUGUGGUAGAUGAUGACUAUGAAUUAUCAUUUUUAUGCAAGGUGGAUGGCGCUGAUAGAUGCGAAUUAAAAGUAAAGGCAGCUGACCUACCUAAUAUGAGCCAAGAAAUGGCUUUAGAAAUGAUGCUCAAGGAAGCUCAAGUGUCUAAGAGAAUUACAAGAGGAAUAUUAAAAUCUAAAUACGAAUUAUAUCCCGAAUGCCGUGCUAUUUUGCAUAUAACAAGUAUCAAAAAGGCUAAUGUCAUAAAAGUAGCUGCGAAUUAAUGUAUUAAUAUAUCUAAUAUAAGAUA